AUGUCCGCAAAACACCACGCCACCAAAGCUGACGACCAGCGCCAGGCGAGGCUACACUCUGCAGCAACCGUCGCAACAGUCAUCACACCCCGCAAUAGUCAUCCCACUCCGCAGUCAUCUCCCAAUCACCCGAGUCAGUCAUCUCCGUCCGCAGUCAUCACACCCCGCAGUCAUCCCACCCCGCAGUCAUCCCAGCUCCCAGUCCCACCUCCGCAGUACCUAUCCCGCAAUCUUCCCACUCCGUCCGCAGUCAUCCCACCCCGCAGUCAUCACACUCAGCCGCAGCUCAUCCCACUCCGCAGCUCACCAAUCCCGGUCCGCAGUCACAGUCCCACCCGCAGUCAUCACACUCCGUCCGCAAGUUCAUACCCACCCGCAGUCAUCCACUCCGCCGCAGUCAUCCCACCCCGCAAGUCAUCCCACUCCGCAGUCAUCCCACAUCCCACAUCCGCAGUCAUCCCACUCCGCAGUCAUCACACCCCGCAGUCAUCCCACUCCGCAGUCAUCCACACCCCAGUUUUCUAA